ACUUCCUAUCCAACAGACCAACAGUACUAGCUACUAUAUAUCUCCAGCCAUGUACAGGGUAGCAAAGGCAUCCGAGUAUCUGGUGAUUACCGGAUUCGGGAUCGAUGACAUCAAAAUCGCUAAGAAAGCAUGGGUACUUCCGGGCCAAUCAUCCUCUGUUUUCGACAUCUCCCCAGUCAACUACACGUUCGAAGUUCAGGCAAUGAGUGCCGAGAAACUUCCUUUCAUCCUCCCUGCUGUGUUCACCAUUGGUCCACGCUCCGACGAUAUGGAGAGUCUCCAUAAAUACGCCAAACUCAUUUCUCCUCAUGAUAAGCUAUCACACCAUGUGAACGAGCUUGUCAAGGGGAUCAUCGAAGGGGAGACACGUGUCUUGGCUGCCUCCAUGACCAUGGAGGAAAUUUUCAAAGGAACCAAGGAGUUUAAGCAUGAGGUUUUCGGAAAAGUUCAGCUGGAACUUAAUCAGUUCGGGUUGUGGAUUUAUAAUGCUAAUGUCAAACAAUUGGUUGAUGUUCCCGGACACGAGUACUUUUCGUAUUUAGGACAAAAAACACAAAUGGAGGCAGCAAAUCAAGCCAGAGUUGAUGUUUCCGAAGCCAAGAUGAAGGGUGAAAUAGGAUCGAAGCUAAGAGAAGGGCAAACGCUACAAAAUGCAGCGAAGAUUGAUGCAGAAACGAGGAUCAUAUCGACGCAGAGGCAAGGACAAGGGAAAAAGGAAGAGAUAAAAGUGAAGACGGAGGUGAAGGUGUUCGAGAAUGAAAGGGAGGCUGAAAUUGCUAAAGCAAAUGCAGAGUUGGCGAUGAAGAAGGCCAAGUGGGCCAAAGAUUCACAGGUGGCGGAAGUGGAGGCCAAUAAGGCGGUGGCUUUGAGAGAGGCUGAGUUGCAGAAGGAGGUUGAGAUCAUGAAUGCCUUGACUCAAACUGAAAAGCUUAAGGCUGAGUUCUUAAGUAAAGCCAGCGUUGAGUAUGAAACAAAGGUUCAAGAAGCAAAUUGGGAGCUCUACAAGAAGCAGAAGGCUGCAGAAGCAAUUCUCUAUGAGAAAGAAAAAGAAGCCGAGGCUCAAAAGGCAAUAGCAGAGGCAGCAUUCUACUCACGUCAACAAGUGGCGGAUGGUGAGUUAUAUGCAAAACAAAAAGAGGCUGAAGGUCUUGUUGCUCUUGCCCAAGCCCAAGGUACCUACAUUCGCACCCUUUUGGGUGCAAUGGGAGGUAAUUAUGGAGCGUUAAGGGAUUAUUUAAUGAUCAAUGGAGGAAUGUAUCAAGAAAUCGCCAAGAUUAAUGGUGAGGCUGUUAGGGGACUGCAACCAAAGAUUACAAUUUGGACUGGAGCAAGUGGUGGAGGAGAGGGCGCUGAUGGUGGUGGUGCUAUGAAGGAAGUGGCCGGGGUGUAUAAGAUGUUGCCUCCAUUGUUUAGCACAGUUCAUGAGCAAACCGGAAUGUUGCCACCAACUUGGAUGGGCAAGAUCUCUGAAUCCUAGUUAUUCAAUAACUUCAAGCUCAGUUAAAUGGUAUCAAUAAAAUCUUACAGCAACUAAAUAAUGAAUUCAAGUAUCACAAGUGUGUAAAGUUAAUUACUACGUUUUAAAAUGAUGUCUAAUGUUGGACCUCGAUCUGUUUGUAAGUAAGGCAAUGUGUGUAAAUCUUCUUAUAAUUUACUUGAUAUCGGAUCGAGUAGCA